AUGCAAAGGAAUUAUAGAGUGUUAGAGGCUGUGGCUAACCAGGUUCUAGCCUUGGCUCAUACACCAAAGGUGGGCUCGAGCAAUCAGGCAUCACCGUCGGGGUCUGUGGGUGUAGCCGUGGGUUCAGCUUCAGAGGGGAUAUCCUUCGGAGCGAUGCGUGCUGAUAUUUACCGAUAUGUACCAGCAUGGCUUCAGACUACCAUUUCAUCCUUGGGUAAAUAUGAUGUUGGGCAAGCUGGGAUAUGUGCCAGGGCAAUAUAA